AUCCAACAUAAAAAGAGCCUUUGUUCUUGACUUCAUCGCACCACACCCCUCUCCUCUUCACUCUCAACCUCAUUCACAUCUUACAUUCACACCACACACACACCUCUUGAGCAGUCUCUGGUAUCUACACCAGCUGACUCUCCUCCUGAAAAAAAAGGUCGCGCUCAACACUCUCUGGCUGCUAUAGACCAGCGACCCGCACACAUCUAUCCGACCUCACGUCGUCGAGAUCACUCAAGCUUCUGUAACCUCCAUACCUGAAAUCAUGACCCCCAGCGUCGCUGCACCUACCACCGGACCUAUCAAGCCCGGCAUGUUUGACAUCUCCACCGUUUUCGUCGCCGACAAGGCCAACCGUGACGAAGCCGCCCUCAACCUCGCUGCCUCUACCAAGAAGGAGGGCAUCGACUUCCUCGGCUCCAUCUCUUUCUCUGAUGCCAUCAUCAAGGCUCUUGCCGACAAGAAAUCCGCUGCGGCUCGUGAAGCUGCUUGCUCUGCCAUCUCCACUCUUUGCGAGAACGGAGCUGCUUCCCUCCUCGAACCCUAUGUCAUCUCCUCCGCCGCCGACAGCCCAUUCCCAGCCCUUCUCGAGGCUUUUGCCGACAAACAGGCCGAAGUUCGAGAUGCCGCCGUUGCCGCUGUCAAGGCCGUCGUCCAGUCUAUGAACCCUUGGGCCACAGGAGUCAUUCUCCCUGCGCUUUUGAACCAGAUCCGAACCGCUGGAAAGUGGCAGAUCAAGACUGGAUCGCUCGAGAUUAUCAACCAGCUCGUCAUCUCCGCACCCGAGCAGAUGGCUCUUGCCAUGCCUGAUUUGGUUCCCGUCCUCGCUGAGGCCGUCUGGGACACCAAGACAGAUGUCAAGAAGGCCGCCAAGGCGACCUUGCAAAAGGCUGUCGCUCUUGUGCAGAACAAGGAUAUCGAGAAAUUCAUCCCCGCUCUCGUCAAAUCCCUCCUCAACCCCAUUGAGGAGGUUCCCAAGACCAUCACCCUCCUUGCUGCCACCACCUUUGUCGCUGAAGUCACAGCACCUACCAUCUCCCUUAUCGCUCCUCUGUUGAUCCGAGGUCUCGAUGAGCGAGCCACACCCAUCAAGCGAAAGGUCUGUGUCAUCGCCGACAACAUGUCCAAAUUGGUCAACUCUGAAUACACUGUCCGACCUUUCCUUCCCCAACUCUUGCCUCGUCUGAUCAAGACUGGCGAGACCAUUGCCGACCCCGAAGCUCGAUCCGUCUGCAACCGAGCCAUUGCUACUUUGCGACGAAUCGGAAAGGUCCCAGCCGAGUCUGACGGUACCAACCUUCCCGCUCUCAAGGUUGCCGAAGGUCCCGCUCUCGCCACCAACUUUGUCGCCCUCGUCAAGAAGCACGGAGGCGCCACUGUCGAGCAAUCCAACCCCGCUCUCUUGUACGCUGGAACCCUCGCUGCUUCCCUCGUCAAUGCCCACAACUACGACCAAAAGACCUGGGAGGCCACCCUUCCCAAGUACCUCAACCUCGCUAUCCCCCACUACGACUCCAUCCCCGCCGUCCUCGAACUCUUGCAGAAGAAGGCCGACGAGGAAGAGUCUGAUGACGUCAAGUUUGACGAUGAGGAGGAGGGUGAAGACCUCUGCAACAUUGAGCAAUUCAACUUGGCCUACGGUGCCAAAAUUCUGCUCCACCACGCUUCCAUGCGUCUGAAGCGAGGACACCGAUACGGUCUUUGUGGACGAAAUGGUUCCGGAAAGUCGACUCUCAUGAACGCCAUCAUCAACAACCAAGUUGACGGAUUUCCUCCUCCCACCGAGGUUCGAACCUGGUACGUUCAACACGACAUUGACGGAUCCGAGGAGGACAUCUCCAUCAUCGACUGGGUCGCCUCUGACAAGCGACUCAACUGCACCAUUGAUGAGAUCAAGACUACUCUUGACUCUGUCGGAUUCGAUGAGGGCAAGCAGAAGCACUCUAUCGGAUCUCUGUCUGGUGGUUGGAAGAUGAAGCUCGCUCUUGCCCGAGCCAUGCUCUUCAAGGCCGAUAUCCUUCUCCUCGACGAGCCCACCAAUCACUUGGACGUUGUCAACGUCACCUGGCUGAUCGACUACCUCACUUCCCUCACCCACUGCACCUCCAUCAUGGUCUCGCACGACUCUGACUUCCUCAACCGAACGAUCACCGACGUCCUCCACUUGAACAACUUCAAGCUCAAGCGAUACCCCGGUAACCUCGAGACUUUCGUCAAGCACGUUCCCGAGGCCAAGGCCUACUACCAGCUCGAGGCGUCUGAGGAGUACACCUUCAAGUUCCCCGCUCCUCCUCUUCUCGACGGUGUCAAGACCAAGGAGAAAUCCUUGCUCAAGAUGCGAGACGUCAGCUUCCAGUACCCUGGAUCUCCCGUUCAGCAACUUUACGACAUCACCCUCCAAGUGUCUCUCUCCUCCCGUGUAGCCAUUCUCGGUCCCAACGGUUCCGGAAAGUCUACCUUGAUCAAGCUCCUCACUGGUGAGACCGAGCCCAACAAGGGAGGUCAAGUCUGGAAGCACCCCAACUUGGUCAUCGGUUACGUUGCCCAACACGCCUUCCACCACAUUGACAACCACCUCGACUCUACUCCCCUCGAGUACAUGCUCUGGCGAUACCAGACCGGAGAGGAUUUGGAAGAGCUCCACAAGGCCAACCGAAUCAUGACGGAGGAAGAGGAGAAGAAGAUGAAGGAGGGAUCCACCUACGUCAAGGACGGUGUGAAGCGAAUCAUCGAUGAGAUUGUCGCUCGUAAGAAGCUCAAGCAGUCCUACGAGUACGAGGUCACAUUCAAGGGCAUGUCAUCUGCCGAAAACAUCUGGCUGCCGCGGACAGAAUUGAUCGACCGUGGUUUUGAGAAGAAAGUUUUGGAACUCGACACAAGGGAAGCCCAACGUCUCGGAUUGAUGCGUCCUCUUGUCAGGAGAGAGAUUGAGAAGCACUUCGAAGACUUCGGACUCGAGGCAGAAUUCACCUCUCACAACUCGAUGAGAGGACUGUCCGGAGGCCAAAAAGUCAAGGUCGUUUUGGCUGCUGCCACCUGGAGAAAACCUCACAUCAUCGUCUUGGACGAACCAACCAACUAUUUGGACCGAGAGUCUCUCGCUGCCUUGAUUGCUGGUCUCCGGUCGUUCGAAGGUGGUGUGUGCAUUAUCACACAUCAACAGCAGUUCUCCGAGGAGAUUUGCAAAGAGGUCUGGGCAAUGCGUGAUGGUCACCUGGAAGCAUCUGGACACAACUGGGUCGAGGGACAAGGUUCCGGAGAAAGAAUCGACAAGAAGGAUGGCGCAGAGGAUGAGGAGGUUGAGCUCGACGCCAUGGGCAACCCUAUCGUCAAAGCAAAGAAAGAGAAGAAGAAGUCUGCUGCUGAGCUGAGAAAGGCCAAGAAGGACCGUAUGGCCAAGCGCAAGGCCGGUAUCGAGGUCUUUACGGACGACGAACUCUAAACCAUUCGCUCCUCCGUGCGAGAUGCUCGUUCCGUCCAACCGUCGAUACUGGGCUCUGUAGAUGCUUUUCCCGCACUGCAGUGCCGCUCGUUUGGGUCAUAUAAUAAUUUUUGUGUACUCUCUCCAAACCGUUAGACGUCUUAGAGUGGUAGACCGUGUUUGUACAUUAUAUCUCGUGUCAGGUCUUCACAGGACUGGCUUCUCUGAUGAUUUGACGAUGCAUACCCGUUUCAGACAGA